AUGUCGAGCUCAGUCAUUCUGGUUACUGGUGGAACUGGCCUCGUCGGUAGCGCCAUCAGGCAUAUCAUCGAAACCGAGCCAGCAGGGUCGCGCUUUGGCAAGAAGCCCGGCGAGAAAUGGGUGUUCGUGAGCUCGGGCGAGGGUGAUCUCAGGGAUCCGGAGCAGACGAGGAAAUUGUUCGAGAAGUACAAGCCGACACAUGUCAUCCAUCUCGCGGCGCUGGUUGGCGGAUUGUUCAAGAACAUGAAGUACAAGCUCACCUUCCUACGCGACAACAUUCUUAUCAAUGACAACGUCCUCCACACAUCACAUACCACAGGUGUGAAGAAGGUCAUAUCCUGCCUCUCGACGUGUGUCUUCCCCGACAAGGUCACCUACCCGCUCGAUGAGACCAAGAUUCACCUCGGACUUCCCCACGAGAGCAACUUUGGCUACGCUCACGCAAAGCGCAUGGUGGAUGUACAGAACCAUGCGUACAAGGACCAGUUCGGAGACAACUUCACGAGUGCGAUACCGACGAACGUAUUUGGGCCGCAUGACAACUUCGACUUGGAAGGCUCGCACGUUAUCCCCGGGCUCAUCCAUAAGUGCUACCUAGCGAAGAAAAACGGCACGCCGUUCGUCGUGAUGGGUACGGGCAAGCCUCUGCGACAAUUCAUCUAUUCGUACGACCUCGCGAAGCUGUUCAUCUGGCAGUUGCGAGAGUACGAUGACGUCGAGCCCGUCAUUCUCUCCGUUGGCGAGGACGAGGAGGUGUCAAUUAAGCAGGUCGCCGACGCAAUCGUGAAGGCGAUGGACUUCCAGGGCGAGUACACCUUCGAUACGACCAAGGCGGACGGGCAAUUCCGUAAGCCGGCGUCAAACAAGAAUCUGCUCAGUCUCAUGGGUGGAUACGAAUUCGCGCCGUUUGACAAGGCAUUGGACGAGACCGUGAAGUGGUUCCUUGCAAACUAUGAUAACGCAAGGACCGGUCUGAAUGGCCGACCGACCGGGCACUAAUUCCCAGGAUAAAUGCGUAGGGCACAGAGACUUUGCUUGAAUGAAACAUACCCGUGUAACAGUUGGUGCGCUCAAUAUCUACCGUCUCAUAUAUGGCCUAUCCAUUGCUCGUGGCAACACAUUGUUUGUGUUACCGAACCUGUUGGCUACUUCGACAUGAUCCCACCAGCCUUGUCCAUAUCAACACUCGGCUUUGUCGCCGCCGAUAG